CAAUUUCACCGUCACUGACACAUCUCGAAUUCUCUCUCUCUCUCUCUCUCUCUUUUUUCUUUCUUUUUCCGAUAUUUUCCCUAUAUCGGAAAAAAAAAACCUCACCCUCCAAAACCUUUGGUUGACCGGAGGAACCUCCAAUUCUUCACAGCACAGCCAUGGGAGUACCGACGUUUUACAGGUGGCUUGCGGAUCGGUACCCGCAAUCAAUCGUCGACGUAAUCGAGGAAGAACCGAGAGAAGACGCAGAUGGAAAUCAAAUACCAGUUGAUGUCUCUAAACCUAACCCUAACGGCCUCGAAUUCGAUAAUCUUUAUCUCGAUAUGAAUGGAAUCAUUCACCCUUGUUUUCACCCCGAGGGCAAGCCUGCACCUGCCACUUAUGACGAUGUAUUUAAAUCAAUCUUUGACUAUAUUGACCAUCUCUUCUCAUUGGUUCGUCCUAGAAAGCUACUCUAUAUGGCAAUUGAUGGUGUUGCCCCUAGAGCUAAGAUGAAUCAGCAACGAACUCGACGUUUUAGAGCGGCAAAAGAUGCUGCUGAGGCAGCAGCUGAAGAGGAGAGAUUGAGGAAAGAGUUUGAGGCUGAGGGCAAUGCUUUGUCCCCCAAGGAAAAACCUGAAACAUGUGACUCAAACGUUAUUACUCCUGGCACUUCAUUUAUGGCUGUGUUGUCUGUAGCUCUUCAGUAUUAUAUACAAUCUAGGUUGAAUCACAAUCCUGGCUGGCGGAAUACAAAGGUUAUUCUUUCUGAUGCAAAUGUUCCUGGUGAGGGAGAAUACAAGAUUAUGUCAUACAUUCGUUUACAACGUAACCUUCCUGGCUUCAAUCCAAACACGCGACACUGUCUGUAUGGUCUGGAUGCAGAUUUGAUCAUGUUGUCCUUAGCUACACAUGAGGUUCACUUUUCAAUUUUAAGAGAGGUGAUUGCUCUUCCUGGACAACAGGACAAGUGCUUUCUCUGUGGUCAAGUAGGUCAUUUGGCAGCAGAGUGUCGUGGUAAGCCAGAUGAUGAAACCGGAGAAUGGAAUGCUGUGGAUGAUACACCUAUACACAAGAAGAAAUAUCAGUUUCUUAACAUAUGGAUGUUGCGAGAAUAUUUGGAAUAUGAUUUAGAGAUCCCCAACCCUCCAUUUGAGAUAAACUUUGAAAGAAUAGUGGAUGAUUUUGUUUUCAUAUGUUUCUUUGUUGGCAAUGAUUUCCUUCCCCAUAUGCCAACAUUAGAAAUCAGGGAGGGUGCUAUAAAUCUUUUGAUGCAAGUGUAUAAAAGGGAAUUUGCAGCCAUGGGUGGUUAUCUUACUGAUGCUGGUGAGGUUUUGUUAGAUAGAGUGGAGUAUUUUAUUCAAUCUGUUUCUGUUCAUGAAGACCAAAUCUUUCAGAAGAGGGCUCGUAUACAGCAGGCAAUUGAGAAUAAUGAACAGAUAAAGCUUAAAGCAAGAGGAGAGUCCUCUAAGGAUGCACAGGCAACUGUUGUAGAUAAGAUUAAAUUAGGGGAACCAGGAUACAAAGAAAGAUAUUAUGUUGAGAAAUUUGACAUAUCAAAUCCCGGGGAGAUUGAAGAAGUUAAAAAGGACAUUGUUUUGAAGUAUGUUGAAGGGCUAUGCUGGGUAUGCCGCUAUUACUACGAAGGUGUUUGCUCCUGGCAAUGGUUUUAUCCAUAUCAUUAUGCUCCAUUUGCUUCAGAUCUUUCAGAUCUAGCUGAUUUGGAAAUAACAUUUUUCAUGGGAGAGCCAUUUAAACCCUUUGACCAGCUCAUGGGAACACUGCCAGCUGCCAGUUAUAAAGCUUUGCCUGAAGAAUAUGGGAAACUGAUGACUGAUCCAUCAUCACCUAUCUAUAAUUUCUAUCCCACUGAUUUUGAGAUUGACAUGCAUGGAAAACGCUUUGCAUGGCAGGGUGUUGUCAAAUUGCCAUUCAUUGAUGAGAAGAAGUUGCUUUCUGCAACAAGAAAGCUUGAAGCUACUUUAACGGCUGAAGAGCAGAUUCGGAACAGUGUGAUGCUUGAUCUGCUAUAUGUCCAUCCCCUUCAUCCUUUGGCUUCUCAAGUGAUUUCGUAUUAUCAAAUGUACCAUCAUGUUCGCCCCCAUGAAAGAUUCUUAUGGCCAAUCGACACAAAUGCUAGUGGUGGAAUGAAUGGAUUUCUUUGGUUAUCUGAAAGGAAUGGUUGGCAACAUGUAGUCUCUUCCCCUGUCAAGGGUUUGCCGCAUAUAGAAUUUAACCAAGUGUUGAAUAUUACAUAUCUUAAUCCUUCACACCAUAGACACAUUCCAAGACUUCCACAGGGUGUUUUGGUACCCAAAAAGGUUCUAACACCAUUGGACAUCAAACCUUUUCCUGUAUUAUGGCAUGAAGACAGUGGUGGCCGGCGCCAGCAAGGCAGAGAUCGGGAACUGGUACCUGGUGCAAUCAUUGGGCCUCAGCUAGGAGAGGCAGCACAUCGUCUUGUCAGGAAUACUCUUAAUAUUAAAUCAAAGGGGCCAUCCUCUUGGUCGUUCGAGCAACCAUCUUUUAAUAUGUCAAGCAACUACACCAGCAUUAGACCAAGACCUGCUGGACCAGCAGGUUAUGAAAGGGGCUUUCUUGAUGACCCAAACCAUUAUUAUAGCAGGCAGCCACGUGUGACUGGACCAUUAAGUUAUGGAAGGGGAUACGGUAAUGGCGCAAAUUACUAUGGUCAACACAACCAUCCUCAAGGUAUAUCGGGUAACCCAAGACAUCCAUCAUCCAAUGGUAUGCAAGUCAAAAACAACUACAGGGCACAGGAUAGAUUACAGAAUCAGGACCGUUAUUAUGAUUUGAGGACUGGAAUGUCUGCUUUGUCUUUUGAGGGAAGUGCCAGAGGUAGAGCACAUGCAGAGAUGUCUUCGAAAAUGCCAAAUUCUAGGUGCCUGCAAAAUCUAGAUCUCCUGUCUGAGCAGAACACGGGUGCUGCUCCCCUACCACCCAACACAUGGAUGGGUAAACCAGUUAAUGUAAACCCUGGAAGUCGCUUAAAACAAGAAAACGCAUCAAGUGGAGCUUACGAGAAGCAGAUGAAGAAAGGUUUAUCAGAUUAAGAUUCGUCCAUCUCCUGUAAAUCAGCAGUGAUCAUGAUAUCGGAUGGGGUUGUUGCCUAUUUCUUUGACACAGGCGUGUACAUUCACUAAUUGUCAACUUUUUAACUUAUAGUUCAUGCAAACCGUUGCGUAGUUUAAACCAUAGGUUCCCAUCACACCACCAAAACUAGGACUGUUAUGUUGAUAGUGUCAUUUAUAUGUUCAAGUUGUACAAAUAGGCAUCAUCAUAUUGUAGAUCUCAGUUUACAGUAUAGCAUUGGCAAGAGCCGGAACUGGCAAAGCCGCCUGUUGUGUUUUGUAACUGAACGGAGAAAAUGUGAUUGGUAUGUUUCUCAUUUCAA